CAGAAACAUGGCGGCACCUAUAAGCAACAAUUCAGGAUGUUGGGGCGUCCCAGAGGUUUAUAGACACCACGAACAGCGUAAAGUGUGCAUUUCUCGACCAAAAUACAGAGAGGGAAGGAAAGCGAAAGCUGUUAAGGUGUACACCAUCAACUUAGAGUCUCGUUACCUGAUGGUCCAAGGGGUCCCAGCCAUUGGAGUGAUGACAGAGCUGAUCCAACUGUGUGCCCUGUACGGAGCUGUGGAGGAGUACAGGCCCCUGGACGAGUACCCUGCUGAGGAGUUCACGGAGGUCUACCUUGUCAAGUUCGAGAAACUCACCAGUGCCAGGGCAGCCAAAAGGCACAUGGAUGAGAAGAGUUUCUAUGGUGGUGUGCUGCAUGUGUGCUACGUCCCAGAAUAUGAGACAGUGCAGGACACCAGGCUAAAGCUGCAGGACAGGAGGAGAUAUGUGAUCAGGGCUGUUCAGAAUAAAGCAAGAGAAAAGGAACAGAAGGAGGCAGUAAACAAGGAGCCCACGUCAGCAGACACAGCCACCACAUCAGAGACGACCAUCACCAGAGAUGAUAAAACUUACGACAAUGAUAAUACAGGGGAGACUUCAAACAUCAGCCACUAUUCAAGCUUUCCUCUUCUGCCUUUACCUCCCCAUGAAUAUCAUUACCACAGACAUAAAAAUCAGCAUGGAACUAUACAAACAGAGGACAAAAUGGGGACAUUACAUGAUGCCAUCAUUAACACAAAACAGCAGCCAGCACUGAGUUCAAGCUCCAGCCAAACCUCUUCAGACAGAGACAGAGGCACAGCACACAGACUGACCUCAAAUCAGUCUUCAGUCAGAUUUGUCCCACGGACCACACAUCUGGAGAACAGGAAACGCAAGAUGAAGGAGGCUGAGGAGCACUCGCUGACUGGUGUUACUACAAGCAAUGAGCCAUUUAUUGGGCCAAAGCUACCAGAACCACCCAAACUAGACAUGGAGGAUGAGUCGCUCAACACAACAGUAAGCUUGAUCAGGAACACAAUGAAACAGGUGGAAUCAGUUCCUGACCCCAAACCAGUGGAGAAAAAGGUGAAACCACGUCGUCGGAUUUGAUCAAGUGAGCUGCGUUGAUGCUGAACUUCAUGCAGAAAUUUCUGCUCCCAUUUGGAAAAUGAGCAUUCAAAGUGUUUCUCUUGGCAUCUUAUUUUUAUUUACAAAAUAUUGCAUCACAGUGCAAACAGUUAUUAACACUCUUAUUAAAGACUACAUAGUUGAA